CGCCCGGUUCUCUCUAUAUAUAUACCUCUUCCCCGUCUCCGCCACUCCACAUCUGAACCCGAACCCACUUUCUCUCUCUAAGGUUUCAGUCGCCGGAGAUUAAUCCAUUUCCGACCGGGCUUGGACCGUCUUGUCUGAACGAUAGAACAAGAUGAUUGCAGCUGAGAAGGAAGAUCUCGGCUUGAGUCUGAGCUUGACUAGCUUCUCUCAGAGCCAUCAUCAUCAGCAACGCUCUCUUCCUUCGUCGAACAAUCACCAGAAGAUCCCGUGGAUCAACGCCUUCUCGCAGUUCGAUCACCGGAGCUCUGAUUCGUGCCACAGGAGUGGCGCCCCGCUGUUUCUCUGGGGGAUCGACGUGAACAGAUCGCCGAAUGCGGCUGGCCGUGGGGAUGAUGAUGAGGAGGAGCCGGGGGUCUCCUCGCCCAACAGCACGUUAUCGAGCGUGAGUGGAAAGCGGAGCGAGCGGGAGCUGGAUCCAGCGGCGGGGACUGACGAGCACGAGAUCGAGAGGGCCUCAUCUCGGGGCAUCAGUGAUGAGGAGGACGGGGACAACUCGAGGAAGAAACUCCGGCUCUCCAAGGAUCAGUCAGCUGUUCUAGAAGGGAGCUUCAGAGAGCACAAUACCCUCAACCCGAAGCAGAAGUUAGCAUUAGCCAAGCAGCUGGGACUCAGACCGAGACAGGUCGAAGUGUGGUUCCAGAACAGAAGGGCGAGGACCAAGUUGAAGCAGACAGAAAUCGACUGCGAGUUCCUGAAGAGAUGCUGUGAGAACCUGACGGAGGAGAAUCGGCGACUGCAGAAAGAAGUGCAGGAGCUGAGGGCCCUCAAGCUCUCCCCUCAGUUCUACAUGCAGAUGGCCCCACCCACCACCCUCACCAUGUGCCCGUCAUGCGAGCGCGUGGGUGUCCCACAGCCGUCCGCAGCGUCUGGUCUUGACGUGACGAGGCCCAUCACCAUGAGCUCGGGCCACCACCGGCCCAUGCCCAUCAACCCAUGGGCCCAGGCCACUCCCGUCGCACGUGCUGCACUCAGGCCGGGAUUGUGAUCGGAUAUGAUGGAUCCGAGGGCGUUUUGGUCAUCUCAUUCGGGCGAGAUAUGGUGGUUGGAGUUAUAUUUUGGUGGGCCUAUGAUGUUUUAUUCCGUCGGUCCAAUCUUAGGGUUUAAUUGAUUAAUUAGUUGUGAUGACCAAAGACUUUGUUGCUAGUCAGUCAGUCUGUUCACCACCUGACGAGGAUUAUUUUUCUGUUCCUGAGGAAGGUCAAGGUCAAGGGCCCUCCAAAUAUGUAAAUUUUAUGACUAUUCUAUCCAAAAAUAUUAAGCUUCGUUCUUUUUUUA